AUCAUCAAAAUGCGCCGUUACUCUGGCAACGUUUAGGACGAGAUCCAUCCAUGUUCUGUCUUAGCCGUUUAGCUAGUUUGUCAACUUUGUUGGUAAAAUAUCAAAUUUGAUGCCAAAAAUCAGCUCAGACACGCUAUGGGAGCUGGCUGCGGCAGAGGUCCGCAAUCGAGAGAGCGGAGGUGGGGAGGAGGACGGAGGAGAGACGGUUACCGAGAGGAGCGUGUUCCUGAUGGGGAGCAAGUCUGGGGGUAAAACGUCCAUUCUCCUCAGGUGCCUGGACAGGGAUGAACCGUCCAAGCCGACUCUGGCACUGGAGUACACUUUCGGCAGACGGGCUCGAGGACACAGCACACCCAAAGACAUAGCUCACCUAUGGGAGCUGGGAGGAGGGACCUCUUUGUCAGACUUGGUCCAGAUCCCCAUCACUCCUGCCAGCUUUAGGUCUCUCUCUGUCAUCCUCAUUCUGGACCUGUCUAAACCCAACGCUCUGUGGGGAACCAUGGAGAAACUUCUGCAGGCAGCACAAGCACAUUUGGAGAAAGUCUCCUCGAAGGCACAACAAGCGGAGAAGGCCAAACUGGAGUCCAAACACCAGACAUCGGUCCACAUGGCAGCGUGUGUCUUACCUAAAGACUAUCCUGACAGAGAGCUGAUCAGUCCCUUUCCUGUUCCUCUUCUCAUCAUUGGCAGCAAGUAUGACAUCUUUCAGGAAUUUGACUCUGACAAGAAGAAAGUGGUUAGUAAAACUCUGCGUUUUGUUGCCCACUACUACGCAGCCUCUCUUAUUUUCACCAGCAUCAAGUCGGAGAGCCUUAUGUCAAAAACCAAGAGCUUCUUCUCCCACCUGGCUUUUGGUCUGGAUAGAGGGAAAACUGUGUCCUGUGACUCCAGCAAGCCUCUCAUCAUUCCAGCAGGCUGUGACUCCUUCAGUCAAAUAGGUUCUCCUCCUGCUACUGACGUGGAUAUAACUUCGCUGCAUGCCAAAAACCCAAAGGAUCUCUGGAAGAAAGUCUAUGAACGCGUCUUCCCCCAAGAGAGUAUCAGUGAGCAGAGGGAGCUAAAGGAUCCAGCCAAAGACCCACAGUACAGUGAGCCUCCGAUUGAUGCCAUGAGAGCCCAGAAAGACCAGGAGCUGGAUCAGUAUAAGAGAAAUGCUGCUAAGUCAUGGAAAGGACUGCAGUUGGAGACAUGAGUAUCAGCUUUAUGGUCACACUCAUACACCACAUAUUAAUGUACAUAUACAUUUUUCAUUAUUUAUUUACUGGUUUGUCAUUGUUUUCUACUGAUAGAACUUACUUUUAAACACUACAAAACCACAUGUACAGUGUACUAAUGCUAAAAUGUGUUCUAGAAAAAUAAACAAUUUUACAUCA